AUGGCGAAUAUAGUCGAGCAAUUGGACCAGCAGGUGGCCCGCCUGUUGUCGGACUGGUCUGUCACCACAACAGUGCUUGCCGUGAUCAUUGUGGGCCUGGUAGUUCUACCCCUACUUUUCCCAGAGGAACCUGACACCCAUCCGUUGCUACUCGCGCGUCAAGCCAGUGCAGGUGCGAUCCGAAACCGAGGCGAGUCUGCUGCUUACCGCUCACCUGAAGUCCCUCACGGCUACCCGCUCAAGUCUGGUCUAAAUGUCAAGGAAGAUGGUGCCCCUCGUUGGGCCAGCGGGAAAAACGGGGACCUUCGAGAUAUAUGGAGGGAGGUCGCAAGAUCAGGGAAAGCUGGUUCUGACGGCACGCCACUACCACGAGGCCUGAUCAUGACGAUACUUGGAAAAGAGGAGGUGGUCGAACAUGAUAUCGAGACGAUCAGCAAGGAGGUAGCCGCAAUCGGCACGCACCUCGAAGCAAAGGGAGCCAAAAGAGUCGCAGUCUAUUUGCCAAACAGCACAGAAUUUCUGGCGAGUCUCUUCGCUUGUUCGUUUUAUGGUCUGACACCCAUCCUCUUACCUUUCAACCAACCGCAUCCCAAAGCUUACCAGCUUGUCAACGAGACUGGCGCCGAUGCUCUGAUCUGCGCUGCUGGCACGCUGCCUCUGGACGAUCUCAGCAAAGCGUGUCCACAGCUACGUCAGGUGACGUGGGUGGUGCAAAAAUCGAGUAGACAAAUGGACUGGACUGGCGUACCAGGCGCGGCGCAGGACAAGCUUACGGUGUCAUUGUGGCACGAUGUCGUAGCAUCAACUCCGUCCACCGAUCAACUUCCCAACAAUGCGGAUGGCAAGACACCGACCGAUGUGGUUAUUGUGUGGCAGUCCACUGACGCGGCUGUCAGACCCGAGAUUGUGAAUUUUACGCAGGAGAAUCUUGUCUCAGCAACGGCUGCGCUUGUAUCUGCUGUCCCGCUUCGCCAACGACUAUCGCCUGCGGAUCUUGUCUUACCGGCAGACUCAUUUACGCACAGUUACACCUUGUGCAUGACUCUUGCGGCGCUGUUCAUGCAUGCCAGUCUUGUUAUUAACAGUGUUGCGGCACCAGGUGUCGAUUUGACCUUGGCUCGGCGCGGCGCAGCACCGACAGUCAUAAUUGCGUCUGCGGAGACCUUGGCAACUCUGCACCAACGAGAGACUGCCGGCGUGACCUCACUCGCUCAAAACUUUGGCCGUUACACACAGGCGCAGACCAUGUCAGCAGGCCGCAUGCCGACAGAUGGACUGCUGUUCAAACUCCUGGCACCCUCGAGCACAAAACACAUGCCAGGCAAGCUGCGUCUGAUAUUUGUCUCAGAGAGGCUCGGUGGAGGCUCCCCACCAAUCACGUCCACCAUGCUAUCGGAUUUGCGUCUCUUUACGCGCAGUCGCAUCAUCUAUGCGCUGACUACAGCAAAGGUUGCUGGUGCUGUGGCUCAGACUAACGUGUUUGAUUAUCGUCGAGAUGACGGCAUUGCGCACGCCCAUUUCGGCAUUCCAUUGAGUAGUGUCGAGAUCAAGCUGAUCAACCGCACUGACUCGGAGGUUGCUACUAACGAGCCAAGGGGAGAACUGCUCGUUGCCGGUCCGGCUGUGCAAGGCGGCUCGGUAAAAUUGGCGGCACGGGGACGAAUUCGUCCAGACUGCACGCUUGCAUAUGCAUGA